GGAAAUAAGAAAAAUAUAAAUUUUUAUAUAUAUAAACAAUAAUUACAUAAAUAUCACUGAAUAAAAAUAAGUGUGAACUGUCAUACUUAAUCAGCGUCAGCAAUUUUUCAUUAUAAUUUUCCAUAAUAAAAGUUAAUAAAUUUUUACAUAAUUUAAUUUAAGGAAAAAUGAAUAAGUUCAGCCUCUUUAUUAACAUUAUAACAGUUAUCCUUGCACAUAACUCGUGGAGCCAUUCGAACAACUCAGCUGUUUCUUUUGCGGAAUCAUGGGGAAAAAACAACCAAGUUAAUAUAUCAGACAUUCGAGCUAUUCGAUCUCUUGGUGAAUCCGAUACCGAUGGAGAGACGAAAGGGGUAAGAAAAUCUCGUAGAAAUAAUGGUGAAGAUUAUGAUGAAGAUCGAUAUGAUGCCUUGACCCAAGAUUACUUUGACAUGAUGGAAGAUGACAUUCAUAAGAAAGAACCUUCAGCAACAAUAUCUGAAAUGAUUAACAAUAUAGAUCCUAAAGCUCAAAUGAAUUAUCAUCUUGGUAAAAUGACACGUGAUGAUUAUCCUUCAUCGUGUUUAAAAUGUAGAAAUGUUAGAAGAGGUCUAUGGAGAAAAAUUAAAAGCACCUUAAGAAACGUCGAUAAAAUGACAGAGCGAGAAAUGUACAAACUAUUAAGUUCUAAAAAUUAUGCUAACUCCAAAGUAGGUGUAGAACGUAGAAGUAUGACAGGAAAGUCUAAAAGUUUUCUCUCUAAGUAUAAAGUAUUCUCCCCAGUUUUGGUACUUGCAGUAAUAUCGUACUUAUGCGUAAAGAGCUUUGGCGCACCAAUGUGGGCUACCUUCUUUGCAGCAGCAGCUGUUCUAACUUUAGUUUAUCUUAUUUCCAAAUACGCAAAAUGCUCCAAAAGACUUAGAAGAUUCUCUGGACAAUUCCCAAGACGAUCCCGAGAAGAUUUCCGACGAGCAAAACGCGAAGUAGAUAACGAAGAAGAAGAAGACGUUGUUUCUUCCAGAGAUAGUAUAGAUGACUCAUCAGAGAAUAUAAAAAUGUCUUAA